CCGCCCUCUCAGCGCGCGCUCGGCCGCCCGACGACGCGGGAGCCGCACGCGCCAGACGAGGCUCGCCGCGCUCAUUGCCGCCGAGCGCCGGCCCGCUGAGGCGGCGCCCUCGGUUCCCGGCCAGGAGGGAAUCUGUGGCCCCAGAGCGGAGGCGGCGGCGGGAAAGAUGAAGAACGAAAUUGCUGCCGUAGUCUUCUUUUUCACAAGGCUAGUUCGAAAACAUGAUAAGUUGAAAAAAGAAGCAGUCGAGAGGUUUGCUGAGAAAUUGACUCUAAUACUUCAAGAAAAAUAUAAAAAUCACUGGUAUCCAGAAAAACCAUCAAAAGGACAGGCCUACAGAUGCAUUCGUGUCAAUAAGUUUCAGAGAGUUGAUCCUGAUGUCCUGAAAGCCUGUGAGAACAGCUGCAUUUUGUACAGUGACCUGGGCUUGCCAAAGGAACUCACUCUAUGGGUGGACCCAUGUGAGGUGUGCUGUCGGUAUGGAGAGAAAAACAAUGCAUUCAUUGUUGCCAGCUUUGAAAAUGAGGAAGAGAACAAGGAUGAGAUUUCCAAGAAAGUGACCAGGGCCCUUGAUAAGGUUACCUCUGAUUAUCAUUCAGGGUCCUCUUCUUCAGAUGAAGAAACAAGUAAGGAAGUAGAAGUGAAACCCAAUUCAGUGGCUGCGACCCCCAGCCCCGUGUACCAGAUUUCAGAGCUGAUAUUCCCGCCUCUUCCAAUGUGGCACCCUUUACCCAGAAAAAAACCAGGAAUGUACCGAGGGAAUGGUCAUCAAAGUCACUACCCUCCUCCUGUUCCAUUUGGUUAUCCAAAUCAGGGAAGGAAGAAUAAACCAUAUCGCCCAAUUCCAGUAACAUGGGUACCUCCUCCUGGAAUGCAUUGUGACCGGAAUCACUGGAUUAAUCCUCACAUGUUAGCACCUCACUAGCUGCUUUGAUUCUUUUGGUGUCAUGUUGAGAGAAGGUAGAAUAAGCCUGACUGCAUAUUAAAAGUUCAUACUCAAAGUAGUAAAGUUAGAUGGGCUAAACCAUCAAACUUAUUUUUAUAGAGAAGUUAUUGAGAAUAAUCUUUCUUAAAAAAUAUAUAUGCACUUUAGAUAUAUUGAUAUAGUUUGAGAAACUUUAUUAAAGUUAGUCAAGUGCCUGAGUUUUUAAUAUUGGACUUGAGUAUUUAUAUAUUGUGCAUCAACUCUGUUGGAUAUGAGAACACUGUAGGAGUGGACGAUCUGUUCUAGCACCUUUGAGCAUUUACUUUAUGGAGAGUAUGUAAGUUAUUUAUACACAAGGAAAUCUAUUUUAUGUCGUUGUUUAGAAGAAUUGCGUGAAAUCAUGUAGUUCCAAAUAAAAAGUAGUUUGAGGCAUGACAA